AUGGAUGACCAUGGUGAUUUCGACAGUGUAUCAUGGCAAAGAGAUGAUCCUCGGCAAUCUGAGUCCUCUGCACCAUUCUCUCACCCAUCCGAUUUGCCCACCAGAUCCGCCAGUGGGCGGCGAAGCGACAGUUUAUCCAGUGAACCACAGGUUGGGGAGCAAGCAGACAAUGUUGAUCUGGCUGGAAUAGGCCGGGAUGGUAGUCUAGAGGUCACCGUCGACACCCCUCUGAAAGAGAACGAUGGGACUAAAGAUGCUUAUGUCUCCUACCUCGUCACUACACACACAGACUUUAAGUCCUUCCAGAAGUCGGAUUUCUCGGUUCGACGACGCUUUACUGAUUUUGUCUUCCUGCGGCAAACUUUGCACAAAGACUAUCAAGCUUGCGCCAUUCCUCCGCUACCCGAGAAAAACAAUAUGGCAUACGUCAGGGGAGACCGCUUUAGCAACGAAUUCACACAGCGACGAGCUUGGUCUCUACACCGGUUCAUUAAGCGGUGUACAUCACACCCAGUCUUGCGAAGAGCACCGAUCCUGAUCCUAUUUCUCGAGACUGCCGAUUGGAAUGCACAGAUGAAACUCAGGCCUUCUCGGAGCAAUACUGUCGGCGAGAACACUAACAACCCAGCUGCCCCCUCUGGUUUCUUCGAUAAUGUCGCAGAUACCAUGCUAAAUGCAUUUUCAAAAGUACACAAGCCCGACAAGAGAUUUAUUGAGGUGACGGAAAGGGCCAAUAAACUUGACGAGGAUCUCUCCCAUGUGGAGAAGAUCAUUGCGCGAGUGGCACGGCGAGAAGGCGAUCUGGAAGCCGACUAUGCUGAUCUUGCUAACAAUAUGAGAAAGCUUACGCCUCUGGAACCAGCGAUCGAAGCGCAAUUACAAACUUUUGCAGGGUGUGUAGAAGAGUCUUCGAGGGGCUGGAAAGGAUUGAAAGAUCACACAGAUCAAAACUAUCUCGGCAGUUUGCGAGAUAUGGAGGCGUAUAUCGGCUCUGUCAAGUCACUGUUGAAAACUAGGGAACAAAAACAACUUGAUUUUGAAGGCCUCACUGAUUACCUGUCUAAAGCAACUUCUGAACGAGAUAUGCUGGCCUCGAGUAACCCAUACUCACACGGCUCAAACCUAAAUCCGGCAACCUUUAUCCGCAAUAAAGUCGAGGAUAUUCGGGGAGUUGAUCACGAGACAGCACGAAGGGAACGAGCACGAAAACUCGAACUUAAAAUUGCCGAGCUAAAUCGUGAAGUGGACGGUGCUAAAGGAACAAGUGAGAUGUUCGAUGAGCAGGUUGUCCGCGAGGUCAACGAUUUUGAGAGAAUUAAAGGACUUGAGUUUCGAGACAGUUUGGGGGUGUUAGCGACCCAACACAUGGAAUUCUAUCAGUCUGUUAUCUCCACAUGGGAGCGCUUCCUUGUCGACAUGGAUGCAGACAAGCAUUUGCAUAAGGAUAAAGGUCGAGCAUCAACUUGA